UUUCUGCUCAACUGCCAAAACAACAACAACAAAAAAAAACUCUAAUCGGCUGUAUUAAAUGUUUUUGGAAAGUAAGAAUAAAAAAAAAGCACACAGAAGGGCUGGGAUACACCUCGUGAACCUGUGCUGUCUAUUGAUGUUUGUAUCACAUAACCUAGUUUGUUUGUUUGUUUUUUUUUGCUGGUUGAGAGGCUGAAGCUGUCCAGAUGCGUGCGUAACCCUAGCAACAAACUUAUUAUUAUUAUUAUUAUUAUUAUUAUUAUUAUUAUUAUUAUUAUUAUUAUUAUUUCUGAGACUCUAGGUUGCAAUCUGGUGAUGCAUGUGCACAUCCUGUGCCACCACAUUUAUACUAUACUCCAGAUAUCCGCCUGAAUAAAGAAUGUACGUUUUACUUUUACACAUUUCCACCUCGUAUGCCUUUUUUUUUUUUUUUUUUAAUAAAUAAAUCUCUAUUACAGGAUUCUCAGGAUUACCAUUCUCAGGAUUACAGAUAAACACACGCAAACCAAACACACAGCUAUUCAUACCUAGAUAUUAUAUUAGCAUCAACAAAUGCUGGUCUUUCGUUUGUAAACGCCACUAAAACCCCAUCUAAAAUCACAGUCCUACAGUACCACUGGGGCAGCAAACGCUGAGCAACAGUGAGCAAGUAUUAGUCACGCUGACUUGGCGUCUGAUUGGACGAGAGUGUCGGAUUAGGGUUUCAGAGCAGCCAAUCGGAUCGCAGCGGGGCUUCUGUAGUAAAGGGGGCGUGGGGGAGCGAGGAGGGAGAUAAACACAGCCAAAACCGAAAAAGUAGCACAUUUACGGACAGAUGGGAGAAUGAGAGUGUUCAGGCUCUCUUUUUUAUUUGCGCAUCAGGUUGUGUGUUCGACUGUAAACCUCUACCAAGGGGACUUGUUCAGUUUGUUAGGAUUUUAAAGCAAACUUUAAUGUGUAGGUCAAAAUUUGAGCAGAUAUUUGUUGGGUCAUUCAGGCUUCGUUUUGAUUUGCUUUUUUGAGUUGAUUUUUACGCACGGAGUUCUUUUAGGCACCGCGUUUCUGCUGAGAAAGCCAGAAGUCAGCAGCGAUGUUACUGGACGCGGGUCACCUGGGUCCAUUCGCCCGGCAUCACCACGCGGGUGAGUCACACGACAGGGACGCGAGUUUUGCUGAAGCGGCGCAUGUGGGCGCCUUCAAGCUGAGCCACGGUGAGGUGUCUCCGGGUCAGGGGGCGGCCUUCGGGACGCAGGCUUCAGGCUACGCGGCUCUGGGCGCCUCAUACGGAGGCUCCGCGUUCGGCUCGGCCCGAGAAUUCCUGUUGCGCGGACGCGGCUUUGCAGAUCCAGAGCGUGGCCUCUUCAGCCCGGCGACCGGAGCGCUUCAUCCCUCACACGCGGACGCGCAGAGUCAUCUACUAUUCCCCGGCUUCCACGAGCAGCACAGCUCAACCAACAACGCGCUGUUCGCACGGCCGGACCAAUACCACCACCAGGUGUCCAACGCGCGUCCAGACCCGUACGGCCAGUACGGCUUGAACGUAGCAGCUGCGCAUCACCAUCACCCGGCAGCCUUCUUCCGCUACGUGCGGCAGCAGUGCGUCAAGCAGGAGCUCGUGUGCAAGUGGCUCGAACCGGAUCGCGAGAAGCGCCGCUGCGGCAGAACCUUCGGCACCAUGCACGAGCUGGUUGCGCACGUCUCCGCGGAGCACGUCGGCGGACCUGAGCAAUGCAACCACGUGUGCUUUUGGGAAGAAUGCCCUCGAGAGGGAAAGGCCUUCAAAGCCAAAUACAAACUGGUGAACCACAUUCGCGUGCACACAGGGGAGAAGCCCUUUGCGUGUCCGUUCCCGGGAUGCGGCAAAGUGUUUGCGCGCUCUGAGAACCUGAAAAUACACAAGAGAACGCAUACAGGCGAGAAGCCGUUUCUGUGCGAGUUUGACGGCUGUGACAGACGCUUCGCCAACAGCAGCGAUAGGAAAAAGCACAUGCACGUGCACACAUCCGACAAGCCGUACUUGUGCAAACUGUGCGACAAGUCGUACACUCAUCCCAGCUCUCUGCGGAAGCACAUGAAAGUUCACGACGAGCAGAGUCCAGUGAACGAGUCCUCGCCGACCGGAAGUUCCGGUUACGAGUCGUCCAGUUUGGUUUCGCCGUGUUCAGAGACUCAGAGCACCACCAUGUCUCCAGACUCCGCCGUGCUGAACAGCAGCAGUCACAGCAGCAUAGCAUCCAACUUCAGCGAGUGGUACGUUUAGGAACCAUGAACUUCUCAUAGGUUGUGGCCAAAAGUGUCAAGAAGGGUAUAAUGGCACGGUUUGGGACGCAGCAAGACUUCGGUGAUCAGCAAUGUAGACAAUCCUCUAAAACAUAGUAAUAUUGUUUAUAAAAUAAUCACGUACAGUGAUGUUAUGGACAAUUACAGGCUCCAUUGCCUGGUCACACUUUAAUGUUUUUAAUGCGUCCUGUGAUGAUACCCCACGUUCCUCCCUCUAUUCCUCCACUCACUGGAACAAUCCCCUUUUCCACAACACGGAACUCAAUUUCUGUCGAUUUAAAAUGUUCACUGUAAAAUCUCUGACUCUUCUCAGAGUGAAAUGUAUAUAUAAAAUAAAUGAAGGUUUAUCGUUUUUUUUUUUUUUAAAAAUCAGUAUUGCACUGUGAAAAAAAUACUAUUCUCCGCUGUGUAUUAUAAACAAUGAAGGAUGUAUUUCUCAUAUAAAGAAAUAAAUAUUUGUUUUUCUCUAAUAAUGUCUACGUGGCUGUUUGUGUCUUUAUUAUGUGCAAUGAAGAGUUGACUGAAGGCUUCAGUCUCACACACACAC